AAAAGGACUCGCUUGGCUGUGCCAGCUCUCAAAACGCAGUGAAAAGAGCUGUACAAGACGGAAGUGUAAGAAAGACGUGAUAAUCCGUCAUUCUUAUUACGAGAAUAAUUCGUGAUUAACACUUCGUGAAAGAUGGCAGGCAAACAGCCCUACCCCCCUCCUGGAAAUUAUCCUCCACCCCCUGCCGCUGGCUACCCACAGGGACCACCACCAGGUUAUCAAGCCCCACCCCCAGGCUACCAGGCUCCACCCCCCGGCUACCAGGCUCCACCUCCAAGCUACCAGGCUCCACCCCCAUACCAGCCCCAGGCAGCAGGUCACCAUACUGUCAUCGUGCAGCAAGCUCCCCAGAAGACCGUGGUGCAGAAACCCUCUAGAGGCCUUUUCGGGUCGUUCAUGAAGGAGGUCGACCUCUUGGCCAAACAGGCGGGACGGGAGAUUGACUACUGUACUGGCAAGGUCAACCAAGCAGUGGACCAGACAUCAAGUAAUCCUGUGCUGAACUACUUCCAGACUGGAAACGUGGUACAGUUGAUAUCGCGGGGGAGCGGCAAAAGUCUGCAGAUAGUGGCGACCCCUGGUGGUCAGCUGGUAGUGGACGGAUGCGGCCCGACUGACCACCAACAACACACACUGUGGACUGUCGUCAAUGAAGGAAGUAACCAAGUGCGUCUCCACAACAACAACAACUACUUGACCAUCGUCAACAACAACACAACUCUCGUCACCAUGCCCCCAGGAAGUGUACAUGGAGUGGAGACAAAACUCCAGCUGGGCGUCGUCUUCUCUCAGUACAUCAUCCUACAGUCUGUGAAGGACCCACUGUGUAGUGUGGGAGUACUCCCAACAGGGCAGGUCAAGGAUGCCAGAGCUACUGGUAGAGACAGCAGUGCACAGUUUGGAGUUCGACUUGUCUAUACUCCAUACGGGCAACAAGUGACAACAGUCAAGAAGUAGUUAUCUCCCUUUGGAGAAGAGUUAUCUCCCAUGUCCAACACUAUGGUACAGAAGUUAGAGGCUUUGAACCAGGAAUACUCCAGAAUAUUGACUGUAGAAUAUCUUGUAUAAUGAGAUAUCUUUCUGAAAUAAGAAAUCAUUCUUAUGUGAUAUUGACAAUCGGUGUAUAGGUUUUUUUGCAAAACAGUUUUAGCUGAUAACAUUUGCAUAUGUGCUACAUCUUUUCAAAGAUGUCGGAUUUUGUGCAAUCAUAUUGACCUAUAACUCUAUAUUUCAGGGGUGAAAUCUUGCAUCUUCUGUUAAAUGAGGUUAUUAAAUUUGACAAUGAGAAAAAUGAAAUAUUUGAAUAUUCAUGAAACGAAGAAUAUUCUUUUGGUGAUGUUUGCAAGGCAAUCAUGUACCUCUUCCGUGGGCUGUUUUCUUCUGGAAAAAAUAUAUAAUAUACAGAAAAGAUUACAGGACCUUUGUGUUAUCUUGGCCAGAUAUUUCAUAGUUUGUACUGGUGCUUACAAAGAUUGCAAACAGAUAGGUUAGACAUUAAGGGGGUCUGGUUGUCCUGUCACUGGUGAUUCUAGGGAUGUCCCAAAUGUUUUAAUUUAGGGCUAUGACAAGGAUGCCUCGACUUUCAUGCUUAUUUUCCAACUCUGACCCAGUUUGUCGUGUUCCAGAUCUGAUGAAUGUUUUAGCCAAUAGGGCAGUUGGGUAGCCUAGAGGAUGAAGCGUUCGCUUGUCACACCAAAUACCCGGGUUCGAUUCUUCAUGGGUACAACAUGUGAAACCCAUUUCUGGUGUCCCCUGCCUUAUGUUGCUGGAUGUUUCUAAAUUCACUCACUCUUAGCCAAGAGCAAAUAUCCUGAAGUACACACAUGAGGCAUAUCUGUUGUCUUGUAUCUUUCUCUGUACGUCAGAAUUUUGAGUAACCAUCCUUCUGAGUUUACUGUUGUUUUGGACUUCACAGUUAAGAAAAUAAUUCUUGUUCUGUACAUAUGAUUGUACGCACAUCGGAUUGUUAUACUGUUGAAUUUGAAAAGUUGAUAUUAAUCAUUAUUAUGCUAACCUUUUGUGCUUCUAGGACAGGUAUGUUCAAAUUUUAUUGGAUUUAUUGUUAAAUUUUUUUAAAAAGAUUUCUGUUAGAACAGAAAAACUAGAGGCAUUGGUAGUAAAAUGUAUGUUGUCUUUUUGAUGCAUUGCAUGUAUAAAAAGCUUAACCAGUGUCUGAAGCAUGAUCUGUUAUGUUGCUGGCUAUUGAAUGUUGACAAGCUGAUAAAUUAUUUAUGAAAACUAUUUGCUGUUCCUGUUUUACACUUUGUCAAGACCAGUGUGUCAGUAUGAAAAUAUUGAUAUUUUUAGGAUUGAUAAUAAUUGCCCCAAAGUACAAUAAUUUGGAAAAUAGAGUAGUAUUUGAAAUAAUAUGCCAGUUAUAAUUUAGGCCAAUCAAAUUGCUCCAUUCAGUUAUAUUAGCCAAUCAGUGCUUGUUUUUUUUGAGUGCUGAGUGCAAACAAAACAGUGAUGUGUGCACAUUAUCCUCUGAAGGGAUGUUUAUAUGAAGUCAUUUUAUGUUUUAAGAACAUUUUUAUGUGCACACAGAAAUGAAAUGUAUUUCAUUGUUUCAAGUAUUAUUAGAGAAUUUUUUGGCCACAGAAGAUCUUUAUAGAGACAUAAGGACCUACCAUUGAAUGUUGGGAAUAGACUAAUGAUGUGUCUCUGAAUUCAUAAAAUUGUGAUAGAAUCAAAUAAUAUUUUUUUGAUUGAAAGGGAGCCCAGUGAGAUAGGAGAUUCAGAACCUGAGGAAAUCUAGACUUGCUUCAUGUAGAGCUUUAGCAUGGCAGGGUGGGCUAGGCAGUAGGGAAUAUAAAGUGGUUCUGGGACUGUGAGACAGUCUAUACAGUAGACGGUCAUGGAAUAUUUCAUAAUAAUUAUUGUUAAAAAGUUUGCUUAAUUUAGGGCUUUAGCAUUACAGAAAGGGCA